AUGUGUGGAGCCAUAAAUUACACACGUGACGUCGUCAACUGUUUGUUCACUUAACAGAGCCGAUGGUGUUUACAGAAACACUGGUCAAGACGAAUAUUUUGACAUAAUUAUAAAAUUAUGUCGCGCGCUGCCGCUGACAAGCGCAGCCCGCGUGCACCUUUCCCGCUGAAUGAGAUGGUCGUCGACAGAAAACUUACUUUUGUGAGCCAACAUGUUAUUGUUACAAGAACUACAAAACAAUUUCCUCGCAAUGCUUACCGUGUCAAUAAUGUGACGAGGCACUGACACCACGUGAAAAUAAUGCAGUACGUAAGUUACGCAAAUAAUGAUGUAUAUUAAGAUCUUUUUUUCCGAUUAUUUCGUGGUGAGAUGAGGAAAUGCGACAGUUUCGCAGAGGCAAGAGAAAUAAUACGUUUGAUAUUUUACGUUAUAUGUAGUGAUCCUCUAAAUGUGCUGUGCGUGCUAGACUUCACGAGACUUUAUAAGACACACCUCUAAUCGCUGAUAAGAGACACGUUUUGCAUUCCUUUUUCAUAUUUCCUGGAGUGUCUUGAUGUGUCAGCUGUAUUUUUUGAAUGAAACAAUGAAUCACGCGGUUAACGUGAUAAUCCCCCUCUACAGGUCACGUCAGAGGACAUGUUUUUGCUCGUUCGCAGCUCACAUGAAAGAGUUUCUUUGAGUCAUUCACUUUGACGCAGAUGUCCCUCAACAAAGCCAUCGGAUGAGAUGAAAAGUUUCACAGGAAUUCCGUCACGCAGGGGCAUGUUUAACAUAAAGUGGCAUGUUUGUUUCAUUUUCACAAGUAUUUCCAUAUUCAAACAGUGCCCAGGGCCAGUAGCCAAUCAGAGAAGGGCCUUACGCAGACUCCUCCCUUCAGACGAGCCGUCUCGCCGGCCGUCUUCUUGUUCUUCCAUCACAGCACAUGUGCGAGAGAAACAUCCGAGACGUGAUGAGGAUCCAGACGGCUGCUCGACUCUCUCUGCUUCUCAUUUACACUUUAUCAGCGGCUGUGAAGGGAACCAGUAACAUCACAGAUGCCGCGGGAGAGACGCACACUACAGAAGCCGUGCACACCCCGGCGGUGCUCAAAUCCAGCUUCCACGUGUACCGCGAAGGGAACCUGUUUGAGGAGACCUGUGCCAUCGUACCGUUCAGAUGGGAAACCUUGGAGCGAUGCGCUUACAACACGAGCAAUGACCUCGUUCUCAUCAUCCACGGAUGGACGAUGAACGGCAUCAUGGAGCAGUGGAUCUUCAGCUUGGCUUCUGCUUUAAAGUUCAGGAUGGGUCAGGUCAACGUGAUCAUCAGCGAUUGGAGGAGUCUGGCCCUGCAGGCUUAUCCAAUCGCAGCCAAGAACAGCCGUCAGGUGGGCCGGGACGUGGCCACGCUGCUCGAGUGGCUGGAGAAAGCCGUCCAGCUCUCCAUGGAUAAGGUGCACCUGAUUGGCUACAGUCUGGGAGCGCAUGCGGCGGGAUUCGCCGGAAGUCACUUCAGAGGACGGAAAGUUGGCCGCAUCACUGGUCUGGACCCCGCAGGGCCGCACUUCGAAGGGGUCCCGGCGUUUGACAGACUGUCACAUGACGACGCUCAGUUUGUUGAUGUCAUCCACACCUUUGCUAAAAGCAACAUAAUGCCUGGAGUUGGUAUAAACCAGAUCAUCGGUCACGUGGAUUUCUAUCCUAACGGAGGAACGUUCCAGCCCGGCUGCAAGAUGCUGGACAUCUACAGUAACGUUUAUCAGUACGGACUGCAGGGUGUACCCAAGACCAUUAAAUGCAGCCAUGAACGUGCGGUCAAACUCUACACCGAAUCACUGCUCAACACCAGCCAGCCCAUAACGGGCUUCCGUUGCCGGGGCGACAGCACUUUUAACAAAGGCCUGUGUCUGGACUGCAAACAGGACCGCUGUAACACGCUAGGCUACGACAUCAGACGCGGGCGGGCGGGCAAGAACACUAAAGGCCUGUACUUUAAAACGGGCGCGGAGACGCCCUAUAAAGUGCUUCACUACCAGAUCAGAGUUCUGCUCAUGAAUGUGAUCGAACCCGUCGAGGCCUCCGUGUCCAUCACGCUCAACGGAACCGGAGGAGAGAGCGGAGAAUUACCCAUAACCCUGUAUCAGGAGAGCUCAGGUGAGAAGAUCUACACGUCUCUGCUCACAGUAAGUGCUGAUCUGGGUCACCUGACGUCCGUCGGGCUGGUGUGGCGGGGCGAGCUGGUCUGGUCCAGCUGGUUGAGACGGGUCAGAAACAUCAUGACCUGGAACGAACCCGAUCAGCGCGCAGAACUCAGCGUUUGGAGGAUUUGCAUCAAAUCAGGAGAGAAGCAGGAAAAGGUGUGGUUUUGUGCUUCAUCUGGAAAAGUGACUCACCUGAAGCCCUCACAGGAGCAUCAGUUCAUUCGCUGUGACGUCUUAAAGAGAAAACCUUCGUCUCACCAGGAGAAAUCAAACACGACACGAGUGAAGAACAAGCUAAGAGACGGCAGUCAGAGAUCAACCGAGUCUUUUUAUUAAUGCAUUUCAAGUAC